UUAAAAAUAUUGGUUAGCAUUGCUUAGGUUUUAUUUUGAAUGGUUGAAAUUAAUUGAAACUCGUGUCGUAAUUAAACGAACUUUAAGAAGUCCAAGAAAAUUUUGUUAAAUAACAAAAAUAAAAUGUGCAGGUCAAUUCCAAAGUAUGCGUUAGUUAAACAAAGAUAAAAUUCUGUAUAGUGACUUUAUUUUGCUUAAAAAUAUAAUUAUUUUCAUGCAUUUUUCGGAAGGCCAUGUGCCUUAAAUAUUUUAGCAUUUCUAACAGAAAGAGUACGACAUUUAUGAACUAAGUGAUAUACUGCAAUAUAAAGAAUUGAGAAUGGAUUCUUUACCAUUGGAAAAUAAAGAUUUAUUGCCAAAAACUAACGAAAAUAUUUCGAAAGAAACUAAUGGUCAAGCUAUCCUCGGAGAAGAAUCAUCUAGGGCCACUUAUAGGGAACCACCCGACGGCGGUUUCAGAGCUUACAUGAUAAUAUUAGGCUCAUUUUUAACUAAUGGUCUAGUUUUCGGUAUUAUAAACUCCUACAGUGUUAUUUAUAUAGUUCUUCAAAAGAAGCUUGAAGCUGAAAACGUAUCAAAUGCCGGAAGCAGGGCUGCUCUGGUGGGCGCGCUGACGAUGGGGACGACCUUCCUCCUGUCGCCGGUGUCGGGCGUGCUGACAAGCCUCAUGGGCCUACGGUGCACUGCUGUAUUGGGAGGCGCCAUUGCCGUGGUUGGCUUACUAAUAUCCUCCUUCAUUGUCGAUUACGUAGAUGGCCUUUGUUUCACCUAUGGAGUCAUGUACGGUGUGGGUGCAUCUCUCGCCUACACUCCGUCUUUGGCCAUCCUUGGCCACUAUUUCAAAAAGUAUUUAGGACUAGUCAAUGGCAUUGUUACAAUCGGUAGCUCAAUUUUCACGGUAGCGAUGCCACCGUUAAUGGAAUAUAUGAUAGAGAAUUAUGGGUUACCAGGAUUGUUUAGAGUACUAGCAGUUUUGACAGUCGGUGUAUCUCUUUGCGGUUUGCUAUUCAAGCCUAUAUCUGUCGUGGUCACAGAGAAACCGAUUAGGGAACAGGGUUUCGGAGCCAUCAUCAACACUAUUUUUGAUGGUAGAAUUUGGAGGAAUAGAAGUUACAAAUUGUGGGCCUUAUCUAUGCCCAUAGCUCUAUUCGGUUAUUUUGUUCCUUACGUUCACAUAAAAAAGUUUAUCGAUAGCAAUUUUAAGAAUGUUCAUGAGAAUUUGCCGCUGCAGUGUAUAGCGGUUACCUCUGGUAUAGGAAGAUUAUUUUUCGGUUUCUUAGCUGACAAGAAGGGAGUCAAUAGGAUUAUGUUACAACAGAUAUCUUUUUUCAUAAUUGGGACUCUUACAAUGAUAUUGCCGUUUGUUAGGUCCUUUCCUCUAUUGGUCUGCGUAUCUUUAGCUAUGGGCAUUUUUGAUGGUGCAUUUAUAGCAUUGAUCGGCCCGAUCGCCAUCCAGUUUUGCGGCAGUGCGUAUGCUGCACAAAGUAUUGGUUGUAUGCUAGGACUGGCCGCUUUGCCCCUUUCGAUGGGUCCGCCGCUAGCGGCUCUCAUUUACAAAGAAACACAGUCUUAUACGUUGCCAUUCAUGCUGGCUGGAAUCUCCCCUAUUGUAGGAGCAACAUUGAUGUUCUCGACGAGGUUUCAAAGUUUAAGAAGAACAAGUGAAUUUUAAUAAAAUCGGUUUUCACGUUUACGAUAAACUAAAUUGAUGUCUGGACAGUUUAGUGUAGACAAUAGAGAGGACUCUACCUUGAUUAGUGGACAACGUCCUCAUUCCUCAAGAGUUAAGGCUUAGACUCAAGAAGACACACAACGAGAUGGAAUUCGUUUAUACAACAAAGAGUAUGAGGGCCUUCAGAUUGAGAAGCGUUUUUGCUGCUGCCGUCGCGCACUGCAGUGUAACCAGGCCAGGCUUAUUUGAUCACGUGACCCGAGAAAUACACCUACUGCGGCGCACUCUUUCGACGGCACUGUCAACUGGUGUGGUUGCUAUCAAAUAAAAGAAAGAGACAAGAGAUGAAAGCUAACGCGAUAGAAAGAGAGGCAUUUACUAUAUUUUAGGCCGCAGCGCGGCACUGCCAGCUGAAUAAUAAAUGGUACUUUAUUGCAUCGCAAGUCGUUAUUUAUUUGAAGAUCUGUGCGCAGUGAUCCUCUUGUACCUGGAAGUGCUAAAAUAUACUCUGAGGUGUGACGUGCUUAUACAUUUACUUGUAUCGUACAGGCGUCCGUCUGACGUCCUGCUGUGCAUUUUCCGUCGCGCUUUCUGUCUGUUUAGGCCUUUAUCGAAAGUAAGAAUUAGUGAAUGUCGACAUAUUAUUGUAAAAAGAUAUUACAAUCACAUUUUAAGAAUUGAUAGGACAAGUGCCUUAACAUUUAACUUGUUAUGAUGAGGGCUGAUUUGGCGCUUUGGACUAUGAAGUGAGAUUCAUUUAUUACUUUAAAUUAUUAUUAAUAAUAUUAAAGUAAACUAACAAAUAAUUUCGAUGCAGUCCCUACCACCGAACCUUGACAGCUACAAAAUCUUUUGCCUGUGGCACCAAAGAUGAAAAAGUAAGAUGGAAAAGACACGGUGGAAUGGUUCUAUAAUAAUUAAUUUAUAAUUAAUAACAAUAAUUAGAAUUGUUCCAGUUGUAGUCUUUUAAAAAAUCAUUUUUAAACUAACUCAUUUUUAUCAUUUAAAUCCAGUGACUUGGUUCCCAGUUCCAGAUUUUCCAUUUAAAGGUUCAAACAUAUUAUUGUGUUGCUUCGUGUUGUAGAAGGUGUCACUCAUUUUAUAAUGAAGAGGGGCUACACAAUAAUAUUUAUGUCUGCAGCUUAAUUCGAUUCAAGCGAAAAUACUAAUCCAAUUAAAUAUUACCUAAUACAAAUUAAGAGAUUAAUUUUGAUUUAUGUACAUUGUACAAUAUGUAUAUGAAUAUGUAAAUACAAUAGACCGCCAAAUCAGCCCCCAAUUUUAUGUAAAUCUCAUAAUUAUUUACACCAUAGAUUAUGCAAUUAUUUGUAUUUGCAUUGCAAGUGCAAUUGUUUGCAAUUAUAUGUACUUCAUAGGUGCUUGAUAUUUUUUAAAUGAUUAGAUAUUACGAAGUUUUAUUAAAUUAUACUAUAACUGGAGUAUAUUUACUAUAGUUAACCAAAGAGUUUAUCUAUAUUGUAGGUACUGUAUAAAUAUGACGUUAGCUAAUUCAAUAAGUAACGUAAACACAUAGUAUCUACUCUUAUAGCUACUAUUUACUUAUGAUACUUUUAAAGACAAUGAGUACAAUCAACUCUGCUGUUAUCGACAGUUAAAUGCCUCGUUAUAAUGAUUUAUGACAGUUGUAUAAUGAUUUAUGUUAUGUUUAACGAUAACUUAUGUUAUGUUUACAUAAACAUGCUGAGUUUAGGGAUUGACAUAAAAUCUUAGAACAUUUAGUUCAAACUAAACUUUAGUGUGAAUUAAAUGUUUAUACACUAGUUCACACUAAAGUUUAGCGUGAACUAAUGUAUAAAAUGUUCCAGGUUGUUUGUGUGUGUGUGUGUAUGUAUGUGACACACACACACACAAACACACACGUGUUGUGUGUGUGUUACUAAUUUUAUUUUUGCGAACUAUUUUUAAUGAAGCAAAAAUUUCAUGAUUUUAUUGAAAGUAUAAUCGUUGCUGUCAUAAUACGAUAAAUUUUAUAGCAGACACGCCACG